AUGAAUCGUGCAUGGGCGGACGUGCAAAUCUUGGAGCGACCUCGGGAAGCUUUGGAAGGCUCAAAGUUGAGCAAAGUUCGUUCCAAGUGCAAGGAACAGGAACAGCGCCAGGCCUCCUGGUGCCUGCAAAGCAUCCUGUACCCGCUACUCUUACUUUCCUCCUCUCUGCCCACAACCAACGACCUCGACGCUGACCGUUGGGUUGACUUGGGAGCCAGGUCCCAGCAGAGGCGUGCGUGUCAGACUGGCGAUGCUGCUGGCGCGGUAGCUUGCAGCAGAGGGUGUGAACAAGCCUGUCGAAUCCUCACUGGCUACGGCUACGGUAGCUCGAGGCUUUCGAGACCUUUGUUGACCCCGCCUGAGCUCUCACUCACACCCCCUCAUCUCAAUCAUCUCAAUCAUCUCACCUCCCUUCCCCUCCCCCUCGCCUCCCCUCGCCUCGCCUCCCCCUCGCCUCGGCUCUUGGACUACAGCGAUCGCCGUGAAAAGCAAAGACGGUUGGGCCGAUACUUGUACUACUAUGAUACCUACCUACCUAUUGUCCCAUUUACUCAUUCCUACGGCCACCUCUUCCUCUUGAUAUUGCCUCACGCCACCGCCCACCGCCCCGCUGUACGCCCGCCCGCCAUGCCCCCAGAUCUCAACACCCUGCCACCCUCACCUCACUUCCCGCCCGCUUCCACCAGCACAUCCACACCCUCGUCCAUGCCCACGGCCACGGCGACAUCCCGCAACCAAUCACCCUCGGCCUCGCGCACCAUGUCAUCUUCCUCGCCUCACUCGCUCGCAGCCACAGCAGCCAUGAACGCCGGCAUCCAGAGUGAAGACUCACGUAGGCUCUCGUCCGGUAGCAUGCGGCGAGACGUCGAACGCGCCCGCCGCCGCUCCAGUGUCCGCAUGAACCUCAACCUCAACGACCCCGCCAUACCCUCCCCCGGAGAAAUGCAGCAGAGCCCGCCGGCCCGUAGUAGGGGUCCAUGGCCGCAUAGUCCGCAACAUGAACGCGCCCCUAGCCUGGGAGAGCUGCACCAGGAGCUCGAGUAUGAGCAAGAGGGACAAGUGAACCGGCUCCUCAACAUGAUACGCCAACAGCAGGAACAAAUCACUGCCCUCCAGACCAACCAGCAGCAGCCGCCGUCUUCUUCUUCAGCAGUGGAUGACAGCACGCCUACCUCGGAGCGCUCCAUGUCUAUACCUCCUUCUCACCCGCUUUCCUCACACGGCUCUCAGUCUAUCAUUUCGCCUCUCCCCUCGGCUGCACAACCACGUUCUCGCUCACCGCUUGCCUUGGGUAGCAUCAGCAGGCAGUCGUCCUUUGCAGACCGCUCACGGCAAGGUAGUCAUGCGGCAUCACCAGCUCUGCGUCCGCUAUCAGGCCAAGCCGGGGGACUCUACGAUCACCACGACAUGCUGCCAGCCGCUGCCACAGCCCGAGAUGAGAGUGCCUUUUAUCAAGCAGAAACGCAAAACUUGACGCGGGAAAAUCAGAUGCUGAAGCUGAGGAUCAGGGAGUUGGAACGUCAACUCGCCGAAUCCAACCCAACAGCCCAGAUUACGCACUCGCCCGUCAUCCACUCCCGACUCGCUCCAGCGGCCAGUCAAGAAAACGCAGGCCAGGGCAGCGAAGAGGAUCAGCCCGCACAGUCCACCGAGUAG